GGAGGCAGAUGGAGCGACUCCACAGGAUAAGAGAGGAGGAGGAACAGAGGAGGAAAGCUGAACUGGAGCAUUUGCAGCUGGAGGAGGAGAAGAGGCAUGAGGAGGAGAUCAAGAAACUACACGAGAUGACUGAGAGUGAGAGGACAGAGUACCUCCACAGGAAGGAGCAGGAGGAGGAGGACCGGAGGAGAGAAGAGGAGGAGGAGGACAGGCUGCAGGCAGAGCUGCUCGACACGUAUAGAGAUGGCGCUAUUGCAGCAGCAUUUGGCCUUUAAGAGAGGUCUCCUGUUGCAGGCUGGAGGUCUGGAUAAAACCCAAAGUAUCUCCAGACCAUGGAUCUACUCCUACUUUGCUUUGUUACAGAUACUGGGUCAAAAUCCACCUAAAGCUGAGACCAUGACCCCCUGACUAUAAGAUUAUAAUUUGUGAAAUUAAUUUGUAGCUCAUUGUCGGAAAUUAAAUCAUUCUUGGGUUUCUAAUGAAAAUGGUACAUAUAAAGUUUAAAAUCAU